UAUUCCUCCCUUCGCCGCCGGCGGGAGGUUCGCUGGCAAUGGCGUCACCGUCCCGUCCGGUUCGGCGCCGCCGCAAAGCAACGGAGUCGCAGCAGAGGUCGCUGCUGGCCCUCUCGGAUGAUGUACUAGAGGAGAUCUUCCUCCGCGUCGGCUCCCCUGGCGACCUCGCCCGCGCCUCCACCGCGUGCGUCGCCUUCCGCCGCCUCAUCGCCGGCCCCGGCUUCCUCCGCCGCUACCGCUCCCUCCACCCGCCGCUCCUCCUCGGCUUCCUCGAUCCCGGACCAGGAGGAGGAUUCCAACCAGCCGAGGCGCCCCACCCCAACGCCCCUGCCGCCCGCGCUCUCGCCCGCGCCGCCGGCUUCUCCUUCGACUACAUCCCGCGCGGCAGAGGGCGCCGCUGGCAUCCCCGCGACGUCCGCGACGGUCGCGUCCUCCUCUACUGCAGUCCUGAUGUGCAGGAAAGCAUCGUCUUCCCGGACCUCGCGGUGUGCGACCCUGUGUCCCGGCGGUACCUGCUUGUGCCUCGAAUAACCGACGAGUUACUUGCCUCCGUCCAGGUCCAGAAACAACAUGUGCAAUUUUUUGAGGCCUUCCUUGUCCCGUCUGGAGUUGAACAGAAGGAGGAGGCAUCAUUCAGGGUCCUCGGCAGGGCGUGUUGCAUGACAAAAAUGGUGGCACUUGUCUUCUCUUCAGGCUCUAGCCACUGGGAUGUCGGUACAUCUGAAAGCUGGGAUGAUCUAAGCUUGAAUGCACGACCGUUUGCAGAAGGCCUAAUGCUUCGUUGGCCCAGCUAUGCAUAUGGCUGCUUCUACUGGAAAGUACACUUAAGGAACAAGUUACUGAAGCUUGACAUGAGCAGAAUGAAGUUCUCCAUUAUUGACCUCCCGCCUGGCAAUGCCGAUGCGAAUGUUGUCAUUGUAGAGACAGGGGAAGGCAGGCUUGGGAUGAUUGGUAAUUUAAAUCAUGUUCGCGGUGACACCCAUGUAUAUUAUGCUAGUAAAAAUGAAGGUGACAGCAACAAUGAGUGGCGGAUGGCCAAAACAAUCCCGUUGCCGGAACAUUACAACUGUUGCCUUGUUGGUGCACCCGAAGGAUACAUUUUCCUUCUAGGCGUUCCAAAAGACAAAGGUACUCUAGGUCCAGCAUGUUUUUCACUUGGCAUUAAGACCUUAGAGAUUGAGAGGGUCAGUCAGAUGGGGCUCAACUAUCGUCACGUGUAUCCAUAUUUUGGGUUCCCACCAUCCAUGUUACCAAGAAUGAUAUGAAGUGGACUAGAUUUGCAUCCAAAUUUGUGGCUUCUUCACUAGCAUUCUGCAGGCGUGGAGCUUGAUGACGAUGCAGGCUUUCGUAUCACAACACUUCUUUUCUUCAGGAGUUUUUCUAGUUAUCAUGUAGCCUAGUGACAUUUUCCUGCUGUUUUUGGCUACCAUUUAGUGUACCGACAUUGCCUGUGGAGCUCUGAGAGAUCUGAUUUACAAACUUUACUCGAUCUGAGUCGCUGAUAAGUUGUAAUUAAGGCAUCUCACAAGUCACUAAAUGCAUAGUAUUAAGUGCCGAUUGUUAAUGCUUUGUACUUCACAAAAUCUUGUGGUUGAAGUUUUGUGGAACUAGGACG